AUGUUUUUUUUCUCAAACCAGCUUAAUCGAGAUCUCACACCUUCCUCUGUCAGUUCGGUCAAUGGGUCCCUGGAAGGAAGUGGUGGUGGCGGCGGUAUUCUUUACUACGAUCGUCCAUCCAUGUUGAAUGCUUACCGUCGACUGCUCUCUGAUGUUGGAGUUACUCUAACGGAUUUACGUUCAGAGCAUCUGCCAACUCAAUCACUUUGGAAUAUCACCUCAAUUAUCAGCUCUAAAGCCAAUGAACGUCCCCCAAUCCUUCUAAAUUGGUAUCCUAAUGCUCUAACUAUCAAAUCGCGACUAGUUCGUCUUGGACUUCCAGAUUGUUUGGCCUUGAGAGCUCAUCCACCCGAGAAUGUCACUGUGAGCGCCACCUGUGAUUUUGAGGUCAAUGAACUUGUAAAAGUUUCUUGGUCAGGUUUGGCUGAAUCGGCUCCUCUUAUCAAACAACUGCUAGACAAAUUCAACAUCAAACAAGCGGAUUAUAUUGAUCUUCUGCGAAGGUCCGUUGUUAUUCUUAAAAGAAUCCUCUGGUUUCAACCCUGUCUCGAUUUCCAUGUGUUGUUGGCCGUAAGCUAUUUUGCUUUGGAUUAUCUCUCUGUUUGGAUAUGGAAUGUCGUUUCAAUUGGUCCGUCUCGUUCACAGAGGUCCUUCGCUUUCUUUUCUGCGAACAGUAGCACUUUGGAUCCUCUCUUCUCUGCGUUCCGCAAUUUUUGGGAAUCGGAAAUAGUCUGGUCACUUUUUCCAGUUGUGGUGACUCCCGAUAUGCUCAACUACUCAGAAGCAGUGAAAAAUGGAAAAGAGCGCCAAUUUCGAGCUCGUUACCGGGAACUCGCCUGUCGGUGGUUGCGAAUGCGGACAGAUGUGUGGCGAGAGUGGACUGAGGGCUGGAAUGUCAAGAAGGAAAUAAUUAUCGGGGGCAUGUUUACCUUUACGGGCACUGAGGAAUUCAACGAUCUUACUCCAAGUUUGGGUUCUGAUGCUCUUUAA